AUGGCCGUCCCCGAGCCCGAGAGCGGCCGCGCGGAGGCCCUGCGGAGCCCGGGGCGCUGGCGGCAGCCGCGCCUGCGGCCGCCCUGCCCGGCCGCGGCCGGGCCGCGCGGCGCGGCGGCCGAGGGCCCCGCGGGCGGCGCCGCCGCGGGGGCGAGCGCCGAGAGGUGCCCGGUCACCCCGCCCUCGGCGGAGGCCUCCACCGGGACCAUGCCCACGCCGCAGGACUGCGUCACGUGGUCCGAGGGCCCCUACGGCGAGGCGGACUGGCUGGAGCCCCCCGGCCGCGCCCGGGCCGCGGCGGCCGCCGCAGGCGGCAACCCCGCGGGGAGCCGGGCGCCGUCCGGCGGCUCCUCCGAGGGCUUCCAGGACGCCCGCAGCGAGCUGACGGAGCGGACGCCGCGGGCGCGGCCGCCCUCGGGCUGGGCGCGCGGCGGGCGGCGGCCCGCCGAGGCGGCGGCGGAGCUCCAGGCGCCCACAGCGGAGCUGCGGCCGCCAGACGGGCUGGAGGGCGCGCUGCUCCGCUGGUGGGAGGUCAGCCCCGCCGUCGCCUCCGGAGCGGCCGCGUCCAGGCGGAGAGCCGACCGGGCGCUCUCCUGCGCUGCCUUGGCGGUGCUUGGCGCGCGGCACGCGUGCCUGGCCUCGUCAACGCUCGGUGCGUGGAGGCGCAUGGCGGUGGCGAGCAGGGCGACUCGGAGCGCACAGAGGCGGGCGCUCGCCAUGGUGUCCCGCGCUGCCGUGGCGGUGCUCGGCGCGCGGCACGCGUGCCUGGCCGCGUCCACGCUCGGCGCCUGGAGGCGCCUGACGGCCGCGAGGAGCGCGUCCCGGAGGGCACAGAGGAGCGCGCUCGCCAUGGUGUCUCGGCGGCACCAGGACGGCGACCGGGCGGCCCUGCGAGCGGCGUGCGCCGCGUGGCGCCGCUGGGCCAGGACUGAGCGCUCCGCGGCGAGAGGCCGCGGCGAGGCAAGGAGACUAGUGGACGGCCAGCCGCCGAUGGGCGGGCCGCCGUGGUCCGCCCGCUCACGGCCUGGCCUGCAGGCGGACGCGGGCGGCGCCUCCUUCGCCGCCGCAGCGGGCCUCCGAGGCGCUGCCCUCUCGUCGCUGGCCGGCUCGGCCCUGCCCGUGCCGGCCGGGCCCUCGUCGCGGGGCAGCUCGCCCCCGCGGGGGGCCCGCUCGCUGGAGGCGGGCGGCCGCGGCGGAGGAGGCUGCCCCUCCGAGCGGCGCCUCGGCAGCUCCGGCAGCUCCGCCUUCCACUCCUGCGCCGGGGACAGUUCGGCGACGCCGCGCAGCCCCGCCGGCGCGCCGGCCCGCCGCGUCGAGGCCGCGGCCGACGAGGCGGCCUGGGUGUGCGCGGCCGCCCUCGUCGAGGAGGCCGACGCAGCCGAGCCCAGCGGCCGCAGUGGGGCUGCGGCGUCCGCCGAGCCCCGCGCCGGCAGGGCCCGCGGCGUGCCCACCGCGGGCCCCAGCGGAGGGGCGCCCGCCGCAGAAGCCGUGCCCCCCUUGGUGGGGCAGGCCCCCGCCGCGGCGGGGCGCGCGGGCGGGGUGCCCCGCGAGGGGCUCGGCGCUCCCACCGUCGGGGCUCCCGUGCUGGACGAGCCCACCGAGGGGCCGGCUGGGGCAGUACCGCCCGCGGCGGCGGACCUGCUGAGCAGGGCCGCCCGCCGCAUCGCGGGGCUGCGCCAGGAGCUGCGCGCCAGGGACCGCGCGGAAGCGCUGGGCGGUGCGCGGCCCGAGGCGCAGCGCUGCAGGCCCGGGCGCGCGUCGGCGUUCGUGGACGAGGUCGGCCCGAGGCAGCUGCGGGCCACGGCGGCGGUCAUCCUGGAGGCCAGCCGCCGCAUCGACGAGAUGCAGAUCGAGCUGGACAGCCUCAGAGCGGCCAGCGCCUGCGAGGAGGGCCGCGGCGCCGCUGACGUUGCGGGGCCCGCCGGUGCGCCAGAGGUCCACGCAGUGCCCCCGACUCCUCUGGCGUGGGCGCGCGUCGACGACGGUCGCACCGCCGCGCGGCCGGUCACCGAGAUCGCGGCUGCAGCGUCGCUGGCGCUCGGCGAUCAGGAUCCCUGACCACCCGAGCUGGCACCGGGAGCGGUGUCGGGGCGACGCGCCCGAGGAAGACGAGGCAGACCGCUGCCGCGGCGUCGUCUGGCACGUGCUCCGCACCGCGGCGGGCGCGCCCUGCCGCAGCGGCUUCUGGGCCGCCCUCGGCGUGUGCCCCCGCCGCCGCCAGCACGGGGCCCACGCCGUGGCGCACGGCGCCGCGGAGGCGCCGGCGGCAGACGAAGCCGCCGACGGGGGAGCUGCGCCGCGGGCCCUGCCGAGGGAGGGCGGGCAGCACCCAGCGGUGUAGGAUGCCGAUCGGGGUAAUGCCUCCAAACUUCCGAGCCUUUGAGAGGGCCCGACCCUCUUUCACUUCUCCCCCGGGCUCGCCGCCGAUCGCUGCCUUGCGAGCGCGCUGUGCUCUCGAGGUGCCGCCAGACACGUCGCCUCGGAAA